CGGCGACCGUCAUCUGGUUACCCUCACAAUCAUGUCAGCUACCUCAACGAGUGCCAACACCGUGGCUGGACCCUCGCCGAACGAUAUAUUCCGGCCACCAUCCGCCAUGAUUUCUGGUGAUCUUGCAGACGACGUCGUUUCAAAUGUCACUCAGUUGCCUUUCUCUUCUGGAAACCCCAGAAUCGAAGAAACCAGAGGAGUCAUGCAUCUCUACCGUGACGACAUCUCCCUUUCUUCUUCUGAUCUUCCUGUUGGAAGGAAAGCUCUUGUCUGUGUCCUUGGGGUGCCAAAUCACAUGACAUAUGCAGAUUUCUGCCAGUUUUGUGGUUCAUUCAUUCAACACAUGUUGGAAAUGCGAAUUGUCAGGAAUGAUGGAAUAGAGGAUCAAUAUAGUAUUUUGAUAAGGUUUGACAAUCAGAACUCUGCAGAUAAUUUCUGCAAACAUUUUAAUGGGAGGCGAUUUUCAUCUCUUGAGGUAGAUGUUUGUCGUGUGCUUUUCACAGUUGAUGUGCAAUACACAGGUUCAAUUGAACAUGCACAGGCUUCUCCUGCAAGUUCAACUGAGCAGCCCACCUGUCCUGUCUGCCUUGAAAGACUAGACCAAGACAUCAGUGGGAUUCUUACUACUAUAUGCAAUCAUUCCUUCCACUGCUCUUGUAUAUCAAAAUGGACAGAUUCUUCUUGUCCGGUAUGCAGAUACUGCCAGCAGCAGCCUGAAAAAUCAGUAUGUAUUGUUUGUCAAACUUCUGAGAAUCUCUGGAUUUGUGUUCUUUGCGGUUUUGUUGGUUGUGGGAGGUACAAAGAAGGCCAUGCUAUAAGACAUUGGAAGGAAACCCAGCAUUGCUAUUCUCUUGAAUUGGAAACCCAACGUGUGUGGGAUUAUGUUGGGGACAACUAUGUUCACCGUCUAAUCCAAUCUAAAACUGAUGGAAAGCUAGUUGAGUUGAAUGCUCAUUGUGCGCAUGCUGAUCAUGGUUGUGGAAGUUGUGACUGUAGCGAUGAUGCUGGAAUUAGUGAGGUUCUUUUGAACAGCAGAGUUGAAGCUAUUGUCAAUGAGUACAAUGAUCUCCUCACUACCCAACUUGAGAACCAAAAAUUGUAUUUUGAGUCUCUACUGCGAGAAGUCAAAGAAGAAACUGAGAGGGAAAUUUCUGAAGCAGUUGAGAAGGCUGUGACUUUGAAACUACAGAAGUUGCAAGCCAAGCUGGAUAAAUGUGUUAAAGAGAAGAAAUUUCUUGAUGACCUCAAUGAGAAUCUUUUGCAAAAUCAGGAGAUCUGGGAAGCAAAGAUAAAGGAAAUUGAAGAGAGGGAGAGGAAGGUUUUAAAACUUAAGGAUGAUAAAAUACAGGAGUUGGAGGAACAGCUUGGAGAUUUGAUGAUGUUGAUAGAAACAGGAAAGGCAGGAGCAGCUACCAGCCAUCAAUGAAAUUAAGGAUGAGCCUAAAAUGGUGGAGCAACUGCAGCUACAAACCUCAAACGAAAUCAAGGAUGGCGCCAUCCUGGCAAUACCAGGAGAGUCGUCUCCAAGAAGUAGCAUGAAAGGGGCCUAAAGGACUAACAACCGGAAAAGAAUCCAAGGAUGGAUGGUUCCUAUAUUGUCUUAUAUGGGGCUUUCCCACGUUUUCUUUCUGCUUUUCCCCUCUAAAGGUAGGUUUAUGGAGGUUUAUCACUGUUAUUGUAGCAUCAUAUGAUCAAAACUGAGAUGUCCCACAGAUCCUUUGUGUACAUAAGUCAUUGUUGUAUUCUGAAAGUAUAGUUUAAAAAAUUAUUUCCUUGGUUAAAAGGGUUGAUACAAAAGUCAGUGGAAAGCAGAAUGUUACGGUCAUCUGUGAUUUUGUUUGGAAAAA